AUGAAUGGCACCGAGGACCUUCACAUCGAGUCCCGCUACCCGGACACCUAUCUCGUGGGCAGAUGCUGGGACAAUUCUCGAGGCUGGAAUGAGAGCUGGCUGAGAUUGGAUAGCUGCCUCGGAGACAAUGGAGGGCGUUUCCAAUGGGGUGGACACGAGUUCACUGAAUGUGCCAGGAAUAUCAGAUUCAACCCAACAGAAGGUGGAAGUCGAGUGCCCGUCCUGCGAGCUGAACUGAGAGAUGGUUCCCCAUGGGGCAACUACAUAGAAGGGGAUGUCAAUUUGGCCGAAAGAAUCAAUAAUCGGGGUGGGAGUCUGCAAUUUAAUUGGUAG